UGGAGAGUUGUCUGGGAGAAUGGGCUGCCUUUGUGGCCCAUUUUUACCUAAAGGACUUAACUCUUUUUGUCUUCCAGCAAGAGUCCCAGAACUGAAAUCUGCGGCAAGGACUGUAAAUUUGCUAUAGGUGUCUGCGGAUGCUUGAUGCUUCUGGCAGCGGCCUUCAUUGUGUACUGUAUAAGGAGAUUUGCCCCCCGUGCUGAGAAGAGCUACUCCACAUCUCCAUGCGUCCAGACUGGCCAGUCUACCAAACACCUUUGCAAUGGCACGGUGCCGAUGCCCCCCCUAUUUCUCCAUUCAGAGCCUCCCGCCGCAUCCCUCGCCGAGAAAGAGAAACUGGUGAACGGAGCGCCCCCGAUCUGUGGUUUGCUACAAGGCAGAAACAUGUACGCCGUGAUUGACGCUGUGCCAGUCCGGCGCUGGAAAGAGUUUGUGCGGGGUCUGGGCCUGCGCGACAGGGAGAUCGAGCUGGUGGAGCUGGAGCACUCGCAAUUCCGCGAGCAGCAGUAUGAGAUGCUCAAGCGCUGGUGCCAGCAGCAGGGGCCCUCGACAGAUGCCAUCUUCACCGUCCUGGAGAGCAUGCAGCUGGGCGGUUGUGCCCAGGAACUGAGAGAGCAGCUGCACGCCAACAGCUAGCAGGGGAGCCCCUGAGAUGGGGUGGGGGCAAAGAUCUGGGCUGUGCUGUUCCCCACACCAUCUCAGACAGACUUGCGCUGGGGCAAAGGAAACAGAGAGCUCCAACCUCAUGGAAGGGGCUCUGCAGUUAUAGAACUUUGCAGUGACAUUGAAAUCCUAUUCCAGGUAUUCUGGAACAUGUGUAGUGCCUAAGACACUGAGCUGCAACCCAAGGAUGCUGCAGUUCCAAUGGAUAUUCCAGGUGGCCUCUGAGAUAGGGAGAUAAUAUUUCAUCUACCUAACAUGCUGGUAGAUGUAAAGUUUGCUGAGAUUAUGUAUGCGAAAUGCUUUGCACACACUGAAAUGCUCUAAGGUACUAUUAGUGAUUCGGCAGGACACCUUGCUACAAAUUAUGGCCAAGACUUAUGCCUCAGAGCUUGGCUGCCCACAGGAAGGAUGAGGCAACCAGAAUAUUUCUCUCCCACAGCCCCUUGCCCACUCGUGACUCACCUUCUGUAUUUCUCAGCCCUUCUGCAAGUUUCCUCUCAGUCAAACCACCCUUCCGAUUUCUUCAGUGUCCAGCAGGGUUGAGCAUUCCAUGACUGAGCCUCCCCACUCAGGAGUUGGAAUGUUCAGGAACAUUCUGUGACCUCACAGGAGGUCACCCAAUGGCUGGCCAGAGUGCCAGGAGCCUGUUUUUAAAAAUGUAUUUAUUUAUGUGUUUUCAUUAUGUCAAUUCUAGCGCACUUUAAUAAUCAGGGGCUCGUGAUUCUGAACCUGAUUGAGCCCUGGAAAGAUACACGUGAUGGUCCCAGGAGCUCCAGGUUUCCCCACACCAGGAAGUCUGCAAUUUGAUUGGCUUUCACUGUUUUUUUAAUUUGUUAAGUGGCCAAACACAGGGCAAUCUCCAGGCAUCUUGCAAUCUAGUUUAAUCAUGUUCCAAAUCCUAUCAAAUGCCUGAGUGAAGAAGAGGGCUUAAUCAGGUUCUAAGAAAAUGUCAGAAUUUUUGGGAAAGAAUUCUGCAGUUGGGAGGGUCACCACAGAAAAGGCCCUGUUCCUCGCCACCAUGCUUUGAAACUCUCUCUGAGCCAGCCCACAGUGAAGGACCUCAGGUGAUGUUCGUAAGGGUUAUCAAGAGAAGUGGUGGUCUACCUACAGACUAAAUAGUAUGUCUGUAGGGCAGAGGGAGCUCAGCAUAAGAACUUUAGUACAGCCUUCAGGAUGAGGCCAAUGCCCCAUCUAGUCCAGCAACUUGUACACACGCCCUGGUGGGAAACCCUCAAGCACAUAUUUUGCAUGGGGGGGGGCGGCCCUCAGGUGCCUCUAGGGGUUUUUGGGGAGACCCUCCUGCCCAUCAGCUAGGUGGACCCAAAGGUUUGGCUUCCUGUGUUUUUCUGCACAGAAAGAAGAGAAUAGACAGCUAGCUGUUGGGGACCCUCCAGCUUUCAAAUUUCCGGUCUCGAGCAGCGAAUUGGGAUUCGAGGGCUGCCAUCCGAAUCCAGGAUGCUGCAGUAUUGCUAUUUAUGAAACAUCCAGUUCUCUGCCAUUUUUCUGGUGCUACAUUUCCAAGGCCAUUUUCAGAAUUCCCUGCUGGUUGCUGCAACCGGGCACUGCAGGCGCAUCAAGCUGAGUUGUGAAUAUUGUCAUUCAAAUUUGAACUAGAGACUACCAGCUCUAGCACUCACUGCCAUGGCCACUCCUUCAAAGCAAACACUGGAAUUGGGUGCUGGUUGAAUGCUAAACUUCCUGGGCUUAGAGUUUUGUUUUGAACAAUUGAGCGGUAUAUACAUUUUGUUAAAUAAAAAAAUGCUGCACACCACCACCUACGACCCCCUUCCGCUCCCCCUCUGUUCAAAAACCCUUUCCACCAUGGCAUCGUU